UUGCUUCUUCCGGUGAAACAACUAUUGGCCCCCGAAACGUCAAUAGGAACUUUACAAGCACAGUUCAUCCUCGUUCAAUUUAAGUCAAAUUAAGGAUGGUGAUUUUCCGUGUGCCCACUCCCUCCUGCCGACUGUUUCAGAAAACAGCGCGGAUAAUGCAGAAAUUAUGGAAUUUAAAUUUGCACUCUCAGACAGCUGGCCUUUGUGCCUUUUCUGGUGUUUCAACUGAAAAGCCUCCUCACGUGCCUGUGAUGCUCAAAGAGGUGCUUCAACACUUGAACAUCCACCAAGGUCAAGUUGUCCUCGACAUGACAUUUGGUGGUGGUGGUCAUACCAAAGCAAUACUUAAAGCGGUUUCUGACGUGACAGUCCUGGCCUUAGACCGGGAUCCCACGGCAAUUUCCCUGGCCCAUGACUUAGCAAAGGAAAACCCUGGCCGAGUAAAACCCUUACUUGGACUAUUCAGCGAGCUUGAAGCCCUGCUCUCUACCAUCAACGUUAAAGCGGGCAGUAUUGAUGCUGUCCUGUUGGAUGCUGGAUGCUCUUCCAUGCAGAUGGACGAUGCAGAAAGGGGCUUCUCGCUCAGCAAGGAUGGGCCCUUGGACAUGAGAAUGGAUGGAGAGAGGUUCUCCGACAUGCCCUGUGCUGCUGACGUGGUGAAUACCUUAGAUCAAGAGGCUCUUGCUUCCAUCCUCACUGCAUAUGGUGAGGAGAGACAUGCCAGGAAAAUAGCUUCAGCCAUUGUGGAGGCACGCCGUGUCAACUCCAUCACCCGGACACAGCAGCUUGCAAGUGUGGUAGCAGGAUCUUUUCCUCCAGCUGCUCUGUAUGCUCGAAAGGACAGACUUCACCGACCUGCGCAUGUGGCCACCAAGACCUUUCAAGCUCUGCGCAUCUUUGUGAAUGAUGAGUUAAACCAACUUCAUGCCGGUUUACGCGCUGCCCAGACAGCACUGAAAUCUGGAGGACGUCUCUGCGUCAUCACAUUUCACUCUUUAGAAGACCGAAUCGUCAAGCGCUUCCUUCAGGGUGAUGAUUUGACUAAUACAGAGCAGUAUCACUUUGGCAUGGCGAAGCAAAUCACUGGGAAGAAAAUGUCAGUGGAGAGAAAAAAGGAUGGCACAAUUGCUAAUUGGCAUCCUUUGCAAAAGAAGGUGAUCACCCCAACAAAGGCUGAUGUUCAAGACAACGCUCGAGCGCGCUCUGCAAAACUUAGGGUAGCUCUCAGGUGUUAAUCUUUUAAUUUUGUUGGUUAGUUUUUUUAUAUACUUGGUCAAGGCUCGAAAUAAGCUGUCUCGCAUCGCUGUUAAGGGGUCAAAAUGUAUAUUUUGUGUCUCAUUAAAACAUUGAAUAGCAAAACUAAGACUCAAGCGCCAAGACGCCUGUGAAAUGAAUUUUGCAGAAGAACCACCGAAAUGUUCCCAAAAACCUUUGCUCGGCUCAUAUCACUGAGGUCGAAGGGAUGCUCUGUGUUACUUAUGUAGAAGCAGCUAGCUAGCCACAGCGCUGGCUGAUUACUAGUGCGCCUAAACACAUUGCGGAGUUACUCUGAAGGCAGUAAUCAUCGGCCACGUGGUUGGAAAAUAAGCAAAGACUUCUGACAAGUGUCAUACAAAGGGGUGAUGAGAAAAGAUGGCCAUGCCAAAUGCUAAGCUAACCUAAGAAUGACAUGACUAGCAUAUUAAACAGGGGUGGGCAAUUUAAUAAAUUUUCCCAGUCCGUCAUCAACUUGGGCACCUGUCCUUCAUUGUCAGUGUGUAAUUUUAAGCUAAAGCGAACUUUUAUCGUCAGUCCAUCGUGUUAUUUUAACACGCUUCCGUCAUCACUUCUGUCAGUGAAAAAAAAAAAAAAACAUCCAGUCCAUCAAAUGAAAAA